ACAUGGGCGGUGCCUGAAAGCAAAUGGCUUCGUCUCGGAGUGCUAGUUCUUGCUAACUGUUGAGUUUGGGAUUGAUCGCACGCACCGUCCUUGUAGUACAGAGAGAAGAUUCAAAUUCGUGCGCAAACAUGUCUGAAGGAAAGUAUUUUGUUGGUGACAGCAGCGGCCACAGCAGCGUGAUCUCCGCCCAGCUGAGGGACCUGGAGGAGGAGGAGGCGGAGGAGGCCCUGGAGCCCAGUGUGGACUACGGGAAGUGCUGCGUUUUUCACUGCGCUCAUUCCCACUGUAACCUGGUGCUGGGAGACUCGUUAGGGGUCUGCGGGGAGGUCAAGAGUCUCAAGGCCAUUAUUUGUCUCAAAAUCAGCAAGGAUGUCCGAGUGAGAGGAAGGCUUGAGAUGAGUAAGGAGGGUCAUCUUAAACUUUGCACUUACAAAGCUUUGGAAUGUUCCGGCUGUCGUCGUGUUGUCGGUUUCAUGCUCCACUCCACGCCACAUCACUUAUCCUCUCUGAGGGGCCUCUUCCUCUUGCGGAAAGAAGCCAUCAACUGCUACAUGCUAAAAAGCUGUGCUGUCGUGAAAGCUUCCAAACUCAGCUUUGAACACAGACUGCUGGAACAGGGCAUCAGUGAGGUGAACCAGGUCCUGGAAGCUCAGCUGAAGCGUGUGACCCUUCUGAAGGAAGCGUUGGACGAGAGCAGGUCGGAACACGGACAGCUUCAUGUGUCCUCCAGCGUCUCCGAUUAGCGUCUGAUUGUUGUUCACAAAGUUCCUGGAACAUGUUCAUGCUGGUAUAAUUGUGUCUGACUUGUGGUUGGGUUGAUGGUCUUAGUUUAAAAAAAAGUAUUUUCUUGACGUUAUUGUCCGUUAAAUAAAAUGUAUUCAGUGUUUCA